CACAAUCCACUUAAUUUCCAGACAGUUUCAACCUCAAUUCAUUUCCCUACAUCGUGGCACAAAUCAUUACAAUCAUCACCAAUAUAAAUACCAUCAACAUUCAACAACAUUAUAUAUUUAUAAAUAUCAUCAACAUUCAACAACACAACUAAAAUGGAGUUUUUCAACAAAUCAAAAACCGUGAAGCUUAGAAGCCACCUCGGCAAGUACCUAGUAGCAGACUCAGACAAAAACAACAACAACAACAACCUCCGUCAAAGCAAAAAAGGAACAACCAAAACCGCACUGUGGUCAAUCGAACUUGUCGAAAACAAACCCCAUCACAUACGGCUGAGGACUUACAACGGCCGUUACCUAACCGCAACCGACACGCCAUUUCUUCUCGGCAUGACCGGAGACAAAGUCGUCCUAACCGAUUACGACGCGGGGUUGAGCUGGAAAUACGAAUGGGAACCGAUAAAGGAAGGGUACAGCGUGAAACUGAGGAGCUGGUGUGGGAAGUUGUUGAGAGGGAACGGUGGAACGCCGCCGUGGAGAAACUCUGUUACGCAUGAUGAUCCGUAUACUGCUGCGACGAAUAAUUGGAUUCUUUGGGGUGUUGAGGCUGUGGAUGAUAAGAUGAAUGUUGAGUUGUUGAAUAGGGUUAGUUUUGUUUCGAAUUCUUCGUUUGGUUCUGGGGAAGAUGAGGUUGACGAUUCUGAAUUGGUGGCUUCUGAGAAGAAGUCGUGGUCUUCGUUGAAGUUUCGUCGGAAUUCAAAGUUGCAGCCAGAGGUGCGUGUUUGAGUUUUAACAUGCUUAUGGAUCAUUCUUUUUUAGCCCCGUCAAAACAUUUUCAUAUGUGGCAGAUGUCUUACGUGGAACUGCGAAAUAUUCAUAGUUGGGAGUUUUUAAUUUUCAAUUUAAAAUUAAAAUGUGUUCAAUUAAAAGGAUUUAAGUGAUUUUUUUAUUUUAUUUCAAAAUAGUUUUAUAUUAAAGAUGAUUUUUU